GCGUGUGACGUCACCUCCUGCAAAGACUGGCGGGAACUCUAAGGCUGCAGCUGAGCUCAGCAUCGUGGUGCGUAGAACACUGAUAACAAGUUGGAAAACCUUAGCUAUGGAGGUUGAUGUAAAGGAGACCGAAGAGACGCAGUCCAAAACGGAUUCAGGGCCAAGUAAAACAUCAGGAACGACAUACGAGCUGCCCUGGGUAGAGAAAUACAGACCAUUAAAGCUGAAUGAAAUUGUUGGGAAUGAAGAAACAGUUAGCAGGUUGGAGGUAUUUGCUCGGGAGGGAAAUGUUCCAAACAUUAUCAUUGCUGGUCCCCCUGGCACUGGAAAGACAACAAGCAUAUUAUGUCUUGCAAGGGCACUGCUGGGUCCAGCCAUGAAGGAGGCUGUCCUGGAACUCAAUGCUUCUAAUGACAGAGGCAUUGAUGUAGUAAGAAAUAAGAUUAAAAUGUUUGCCCAACAGAAGGUAACUUUACCAAAAGGCAGGCACAAGAUCAUAAUCUUGGAUGAAGCUGACAGUAUGACUGAUGGAGCUCAGCAAGCCUUAAGAAGAACAAUGGAGAUCUACUCUAAGACGACUCGCUUUGCAUUAGCUUGUAAUGCUUCUGAUAAGAUUAUCGAGCCAAUCCAGUCUCGUUGUGCAGUGCUUCGCUACACCAAACUGACAGAUGCUCAAGUUUUGGCUCGCUUGAUGGAAGUGGUGGAGAGUGAGAAAGUACAGGUCACAGAUGAUGGACUGGAGGCCGUUAUCUUCACUGCACAAGGAGAUAUGAGACAGGCAUUAAACAACCUGCAGUCCACCUAUUCUGGCUUUGGAUUUGUCAACAGUGAGAAUGUUUUCAAGGUAUGCGAUGAGCCUCAUCCAUUGUUAGUAAAAGAGAUGAUUCAACAUUGUGUUAAUGCCAAUAUUGAUGAAGCGUAUAAGAUUGUGGCCCACCUUUGGAAGCUGGGCUACUCCCCAGAAGAUAUUAUUGGAAACAUUUUCAGAGUCUGCAAGACUUUUCAAAUGCCAGAAUACCUUAAACUGGAGUUCAUUAAGGAGAUUGGAUAUACCCACAUGAAGAUUGCCGAGGGAGUAAACAGCUUGUUGCAAAUGGCAGGGCUCCUGGGCAGACUCUGCAUGAAGACUGCCGCCCCAACCGCCAGCUAAUGUACAAAGGGGAUUAUGUGCAGUAUUUUAAAAUUUUGUUCUCCAUGUCCAAAGCACAAAUGGAAGCAGGACAUGUAGUCCAAGGGGAACGAAUGCAGGCUUUUUUUUGAUGUCCAGUUCUUCCAAAGUUUCUCUUUUCAGUGAAGGCAAGAAUGAAGUUGCUCGUGGGCUAUGAGCAGCCUAAUGAUUCAGAACACACACGUGGUCCUGAACCUUUGUCAGCAGAUGCCUCUUAAUGGCUUGUUUUUUUUUAUUGCAGACAAGCCCGGUUUUCUAAUUGGGACCUUAUUAUUUAGUAUUACUUUGCCUUUCUUGUACAGCAUCGAUACAUCACAGGUUUGAUUUGUCCCAACUCCAACAUUAUGAACUUUUAGACAUUUGACAAAUGGUCAAAUUUUGUAUUCCUUGCGGUUAUAUAUGAGCUUGGAUAAUUUAAUAUUCUGAUUUAAAUAUAUUUGGGCUGGGCAAAUUGUUUUUUUUUAUGUGUUGUUCUACCAAAGUGGAAAAAAAUAUAUUAUCAAACUAGAAAUUGAUAAAUGAUAAAAGGAAUUUAGACUUCAGCUGGAAAGAACCAGAAGCUUUAAAUGUCUUCAUUCCAGGUAAUGGGUGUUUCACUUUUGGUUAUUACUGAGCCCUAGUAGGUUUGAGUUUUUUCUUUCUGAAAAUCGGUCUGUAUUUUUUGCCCCUCUGCCCUUAACAGCAUGGGUCCCCAGUGACUAAAGGAGUAGCGACCCAUAUUUCUCCAUUAAUGUUCCACAAGAGCAAGAUAUGCAUAUUUUUUUUUAUUCAUUAUUGGUGAUUGUUUUUACAGAGGGUAACCCCAGUCUGUUAGACGGUCUAUUUGCUUAUCUCCUACUAACUGGCUUAUAAUACUCUUUCAAAAAACUUGUAAAUACAUUUUUUAUAUAAUCUGUCUUCACAUUCAGAAUUUCAGUCUGGCUUUUUCCACAUCAGUGGACCAAUUUUAAGUAUUCCUCAUCACAGUUUUAUUUUAAUGAAACCUAAGAUUGUAAUUGAAAGGGCACCAAAUGAAGCUUAUGGAAUAUUUAGAAAGAUAGUAACAUGGCUCAGAGAGCCUGGGAUUGCAUACAAUAUAAGUGAAUGAAUUUGUGUGUGUGUUUGUUUUGGGAUUAACUGGCAUCCCAGAUUGGGUUGGUUUCUGCUUUUUGAUGGAUUAUGCCAGGACAGUUUCUGGUUCCCUGCCACUCCUAGAAGUGGUUUAAGCAGUUUUGUGAUACCAGGCUCCCAAACUUCCAGAUGCAAGUACUGAAUUGAAACACCGUUAAAAAGUUUAGAUGUGAUAACUGAAAAUAAAGUCCUCUGAAGUGA